CUCUCGUCUCCGAUGGAAAAAAGUGUUCAAGUCAAGCCGAGCGCCGUGUAGGGGACGAACUCCCCAAGGCCAAAAAGAAAGAAAUCGUCGUCGGAAGAGGACAGGAGGGGGAAGAAAUCCGAGGGGGGAGGAGAAGGGGAGAAGCUUGGCGGCGGGAGGGCGGCGGCGAUGGACGGCGAGUGGUGGAGGAAGAAGUGGGUGGCGUGGGCGGCGGCGGCGGCCAUCUUCGUGGUGCUCAUGCUCGUCACGCCCGCCAUCCCGCAGGACGAGGACUACCACGACUUCGCCGACCAGCGCGACCUCUUCCUCGGGAUCCCUAACACAUUGAAUGUGCUCUCAAAUAUCCCUUUCCUCUUUGUUGGUCUCGCUGGGCUCAUCCUGUGCCACUACAAAAACUACUUCAGGCUAUGCUCACAGGGGGAGCUCUGGAGUUGGACACUCUUCUAUGCUGGUGUCACUGCUGUCGGUGUUGGUUCAUCCUACUACCAUCUCUACCCGAACGAUGCCACCUUAGUUUGGGACAGAUUGCCUAUGACGAUUGCUUUCACGUCUAUCGUGGCCAUUUUCAUCAUUGAAAGGGUUGAUGAUAGGGCAGGAACAAAGUCCCUUGCACCCCUUGUUAUUGCUGGUGCACUGAGCAUCCUGUACUGGAGUUUCUUUGAUGACCUUCGGCCAUAUGCGGUAAUCCAGUUUGUUCCAUGCAUUGUAAUACCUGUGAUGGCUAUAGUUAUUCCACCAAUGUAUACACAUUCAAGCUACUGGUUGUGGGCAGCAGGAUUUUACCUUCUUGCCAAAGUAGAAGAGGCAGCGGACAAACCUAUAUAUAGGUGGACACAUGACAUUGUUAGCGGACAUACUCUUAAACAUCUAUGUGCUGCGAUGGUUCCUGUUUUCUUGACUCUCAUGUUGGCAAAGAGGACAAUUGAACCUGACAGGGUAAGCUUACUCCAGAUGUGGAAGAUCAGUUGGAGAGAACGCGGUUCCCAAGAUGGCAACACUGUAGACGUCAAAUAUGAUUAUGCUGCAGUUUCAACUACGUCUGAACAACAGUAGAUAUGUGUUUUUCAUAUGUACUCUACUCCCGAAGUGUAAAAAUAGCAUCGAUCAGAAUAUCAGGAGCCCCAGCUUGCACGGUUGUGUAUCAUUGUCUGCUAAUCGACGUUCAUAUGUGGUUGUUCCUGAUCAAAACUUCCUGAUCAUAUCUUGUACAGGAAGGAAAAAUGUAUAUCGGUUCCCUCAUCAA